AUGCGGGUCUCGCAGAUAUAUGUCUAUCCUAUCAAAUCCAUGCGCCCGACGGCGCUGAGCUCGUCGAGAGUGACAUCCAAUGGACUGCCGUACGAUAGGAUGUUCAUGCUGCUCAAGGUCAAGCCGGACGGCCAGCUGCAGAACAUGCACAUCGACAAGUUCCAGCAGCUAGCGCUCUUCCUGACUGAUAUCAAGUUUCCAUCAGCAGAAGAAGAAGAAGAAGAAGAAGAAGAAGAAGAAGAAGAUGGUAGAAGAGGGUGGAUAACGGUGACUUACAGGGGCGCUGCCGGUCCUCAUCCGCGGUCUGGCGUUGGCAGCAAGCUGCGCAUCCCCUUGCGGCCAGAUACCAGCAGCCUGAAGCGGUUCGAGGUGAUGAUGCACCGUAGCCCGACGACGGCAUACGACAUGGGCGUCGAGUACAACAGCUGGUUCUCUGCCUGGCUGGGGUUCAAGAUCGUCUUUGCUUACAUAGGAGAGAACAGGAGGUUCGCGCUGGGCAACAUGGCUGCUUCCACCGAUGCUGGUGAUGGAUGGAUAUCCACCAUCUCAAGCAAGAUACCACCUAUGUUGCCUGGCCUGGCCGGACAGGAAGAUGCAUCGUCCAAGGUGCUCACCUUCGCGGACAUGGCGCCGUACCUCGUCGUCUCGCAGACCUCCGUGGACAACGUAUCUGCCCGUCUGCCGCCGGGUGAGGCCAUGGACGUGACCAAGUUCAGGCCCAACAUCGUCCUGUCUGGCGCACCGGAGGCGUUCGAGGAGGACUUCUGGGGAGAGCUGACGGUGGGAGAGCAUGUCAGGGUCCAGCUGAGGAAUAACUGUGUGCGCUGUGUCAGUAUCAAUGUUGAUCUUGAUACCGGGGCACCGCACACAGGAGAGGCCGGGACCGUGCUUAAGAAGCUGAUGAAGGACAGACGGGUCGACAAGGGGACCAAGUACAGUCCUGUCUUUGGACGGUAUGGCUUCCUGCACCAGAAGAAGGGCGAUGGCGCUGCUGUCAUUCAAGUUGGUGACGCCGUGAGGGUGUCCAAGAUCAAUGCUGAGCGUACUAUUCUCCGUGAGUUACUCGAUCUUACCUUGUAUAUGGAGAUAUACUAA